AAGGAUAUCAUCAGUUGUGUCACACACCUCAUAUUGAUUCCAGUGUGAUUGAUUCAGAUGAAAAAUGGCUCUGUCGACAGUGUGUUUUUGCAACAACAACAAAGAGGGGAGGUGCGCUUAAGAAAGGACCAAAUGCCAAAGCACUGCAAGUCAUGAAGCAGACGUUACCCUAUAGUGUGGCAGACCUUGAAUGGGAUGCAGGUCAUAAAACCAAUGUCCAGCAGUGUUACUGCUAUUGUGGAGGCCCUGGAGACUGGUAUUUAAAGAUGCUACAGUGCUGCAAAUGUAAGCAGUGGUUUCAUGAGGCUUGUGUGCAAUGCCUUCAGAAGCCAAUGCUAUUUGGAGACAGGUUUUAUACAUUUAUUUGCUCUGUCUGCAGUUCUGGACCAGAAUACCUCAAACGUCUACCAUUACAGUGGGUAGAUAUAGCACACCUAUGCCUUUACAACCUAAGUGUUAUUCACAAGAAGAAAUAUUUUGAUUCUGAACUUGAGCUUAUGACAUACAUUAAUGAAAACUGGGAUAGAUUGCACCCUGGAGAGCUGGCAGACACACCAAAAUCUGAAAGAUAUGAACAUGUUCUGGAGGCAUUAAAUGAUUACAAGACCAUGUUUAUGUCUGGGAAAGAAAUAAAGAAGAAGAAGCAUUUGUUUGGGUUGCGAAUUCGUGUUCCUCCUGUGCCACCAAAUGUGGCUUUCAAAGCAGAGAAAGAACCUGAAGGAACAUCCCAUGAAUUUAAAAUUAAAGGCAGAAAGGCAUCCAAACCUAUAUCUGAUUCAAGGGAAGUAAGCAAUGGCAUAGAUAAAAAAGGAAAGAAAAAAUCUGUAGGUCGUCCACCUGGCCCAUAUACAAGAAAAAUGAUUCAGAAAACUUCUGAGCCACCUUUGGAUAAGGAGUCAGUUUCAGAGAAUCCUACCUUGGAUUUACCUUGUUCUAUAGGGAGAACUGAGGGAACUGCACAUUCAUCUAAUACCUCAGAUGUGGAUUUCACGGGUGCUUCCAGUGCAAAAGAAACUACCUCGUCUAGCAUUUCCAGGCAUUAUGGAUUAUCUGACUCCAGGAAAAGAACACGCACAGGAAGAUCUUGGCCUGCUGCAAUACCACAUUUGCGGAGAAGAAGAGGUCGUCUUCCAAGAAGAGCACUCCAGACUCAGAACUCAGAAAUUGUAAAAGAUGAUGAAGGCAAAGAAGAUUAUCAGUUUGAUGAACUCAACACAGAGAUUCUAAAUAACUUAGCAGAUCAGGAGUUACAACUCAAUCAUCUAAAGAACUCCAUUACCAGUUAUUUUGGUGCUGCAGGUAGAAUAGCAUGUGGCGAAAAAUACCGAGUUUUGGCUCGUCGAGUGACACUUGACGGAAAGGUGCAGUAUCUUGUGGAAUGGGAAGGAGCGACUGCAUCCUGACUGUAGGACUGAACAUUAUGUUCACUGCACUCUCAUUUUCUGUAGGUACAGUUCAGAGCCCUGAAGGAGUCUGGCUUUUACUAUCUUUCUUAAAAAAAAAAAAAAGUCAAAAAAAUUGAAAGGAGGAUGAUACUAGCCUUAACAUGUACCUGUCAAUGUUAUGGAUAUUGUCAUAAAAAGAUAUCUUUUAAAAACCAGAACAGAGACUUAAUUUUUUAAAUCUUAAGAUUUGUAGACUGUUUCUAGGGUAGGAUAUUAAAAAUGAUUCAACCCCCAUGCAUGGUGUUAGAUAAUUUUUCUAAUUAUUCCAUUGAGUCAGUUUUUGUGAUUAGUGGUUAUCACAGCAAACAGAUCAUGUAGAUAGCACAAGUAUUUGGAGAAACAUUGUCUGUUUUGUUACCAAAAUGUUGGAAAAAAUUUAUUUCAAUACCUUUUAGAUUUCAUAAAGUGCAGUGUAUAUAAUGCCUACUGAAAGACUGUAAAAUAUUGAAAUUUUCUUUCAAACAAAGUGUAAAAAAUAUAUUGAGCCUGUAAAUUGCUCUGUGACUAGACUUCAUUGUCGUCUUAAUAUAUUCUUUGCAUGUGCAUAUAUAUACACACGUGUAUAUAUAUGUGUGUGAUUAUGUGACCUAUGCAAUACAAAUUAUGGGAAUGGGCAGCUUUGGAGUAUAUAUCCCAUAAUUCUUUUUUCAGGAAUAGUUGCAGUAUUUACACAGCAGCAUUUCUUCUCAGGCUUUUAUUGGGUGCUGUUGCUUGCUAUGUAUGAAGAGAAAUGUGUCAGACAAGUGUAGUGUGUUCUGAAGAAGGGUGUGAACAAUAGUGUUCAUGGGCUUUUAGGAUGCUUUUCACUUUCAGUCCUUGUAACUCAGCUGUUCAGUACCUAAAACAAACUCAAGUAAUAUGAACAUUAUCUCCUACUAGAAAUAACGUUUUCAAGUUUUCAUGGCACAUUAUGAUUGUAAAUGUCUCUCAGUUUUAAUAGUCAGUCUAUAGGAGUCCCAUGAAGAUUCCUGAAAUGUUUGUAGUAACUGUUAGUCAUGUUUGAUCAAGUGUAGUAUGAACAAAGUAUUUUAUUGCACAGGGUUAACAAACAGUAUGUUGCCAACUGAGGCUGCUGCUGUUUUAUUACAACAUUACCUCUUGUUUUUAUAAAAUGUACCAAGAUUUAAAUCGAUAACUUUAUUUUACAUGUAAAAAAAAACCAGUUUCUUUUAUCACCAGUG